AUGUCGGCCCCGAGAGAUGGAGACCCGGCGUUGAGCGCGGCGGGGGAGGCCAGAGCCAGCGAUGAGGUGGAGCGCGACUCCGGGCCCAGUGGGGGCGACACGGCCCCAGGCCCUGGGGCGGCGGGAGUCGCGGGGGCGCCGGGAGGCCCAGAGGCGGUGGCCCUGGAGGGCGGGAGCGCUGAGGAGGACAUCGGGCCGGCCGAGGAGGAGGGGGAGGGAGAGGAGGGUCUGGACGUGGCCGUGGAAGCGCACCAGUUCCCCAUGGCGGGCUUCCGCCUCAUGUUCCUGGAUCUGGUGCACUCCCUGCUGCACCGCAUCUACUACAACGACCACAUCCUCAUCCGGCCUCACGGCGGCCGCGUGAUGGUGCACCCGCGGCCUCGCUCGCCCGGCAGCAUGGCCCUGGAGCUCCAGGGGCCUGAGAGGCCGGAAGAGGGGCCCGCGGAGGCCGAGGCCACGGAGGAGGCGGAGGAGGAGGCCUCAGCCUGGGAGGCCGCCCAGGAAGAGCUGGCCGAAGAGGCCCAGGACACGGCCAGCGUGUGGCAGCUGGCCAUGGAGGCCCCUGCCCCUGACGGUGAGCGGCGGGUGAAGGGGCAAAAGAGGAGUCCCCACCACAGGUGGCGUCCCCUGCCGCCGACGGUGAGCGGCCGCCGGAGCCUGUGGGAACUGAAGGCCACAGGGGCCCAGGGGGAGCCCAGCCCCCUAAGGGCCUUCCCCUGCCCCUGA